UGAAUGUAUUAUUAAUUAUACGGUUUAUUGGGUACCAAAUCAUCGCUUAAAGUGUAUUCACAAUACAUGUGUACUAUAUGCCAACUCAUCGCAAACAGUUACCAACGAUAUGCCUAUUACUAGAUUGGAUAACCAGCGGGUGAUUGUCAGCAUCAGCGACGAUCUGGAAGAGUGGGGCUGGGAUUGUGCAUCCAGUCGGCUGCCGGUUGCCGUCGCCGGGGAGUCCAGAGGAGGUGUAGGUGCGGGUACUCCGCAACUGCAGCGACCGCCGCCGCUGCCGCCCAUACGUGUCUUAAGUGACUCGUUAUUGGAAAAAUCUAUGGACGACGACAACGAUGACGACAACGAUGGCGAUGACUGCUCUUCUAAUCAUAACAACAAUGCUGAUGAAAAAGAGAACCUACCGGUGCUGAUGCUAACACCAGCACCACUGCCACAGCAGGCGUUGCCCAAUACUCCUGCAGACAGCAGUCGACAGAUGAUUACCGCCGCCGCCGCCAAUAACCCGUCGGUGACGGCAAACAUUAGCUUCAGCGACGACACUAAAUCGGAACAAUUUUUUCGUGACCUACUACUGGCCGCACAGCAUAUGCCCGUCCAAUCGCCGUUAAAAUCUAGUGCCAAAUGUCAAGUGCCUAACAUUGCCGCCGCCCCUAACCAUAGGUUAUCAUCAGUCAAUACAAAGUGUCUAAACAGCAAUAAUUAUGGCAACACUGCUAUUGAUCCGAACAACAUCGCCGAAUCAAUGGCCACUUCUUGCGAGUCACCUUCGGUGACCUAUAGCCGUCACCAAACAGCUACCGCUGAUCGACCGCUACCACUGCCGCCGCCGCAUAUUAUCAACGACAUUGAUCUGGACGCCACUCUACGUAGUAUUCAAUUGUAUCAUAAUUUGCGCCAAAACUCGGACAAAACGCACAGCCAUUCACAACAAAUGACCGGUUCGUCGCCAAUCGAUUGCCGAUUGAAUACAUCGGUACCAAACUUUACGCCGCCUCAACCGCCCGUACGGACAACCAUAAUGCCAGCAGCGAUGACCAAACACUAUAAACCUAUUUCCGGCGGCGGCGGCUUACAAUUGGCGCCUCCGUUGCCGCCCAAACCCAGCGAUAUUGUCCGGGGAGAACGGGGACCGCCGCCACCCAGACCUCCCAGUUCACGGCAAAGCAUCUAUACUGUGGUGGCAAACAAUGGUGGCGUCGGUACCGCCGCCGCCCCCGCCAACAACAUGAGUACACUAAUUAAAAAUUUGGACAAAACUAUUGAAUCAAAUGUGAUUUUUGUUUGAAAUUUUGUUUGUAUUCACAAAAAUAUAUAUAUAAUUAUUAUUAUUGUUUGAA